AUGAGUAGCCGUGAGUCGGAUCUGCGCCACUCCUCGUCGGAUGAGGAGGAUACCAGGACCUUGAUCGAGAACUACCAGCCUUCGGAACCAGUGCAGUUGGUCUACGCUCCCGGAGAAAGUCAUUUGAGCCACGAUGGGUCUACCUUGGUCAACGGCAGCCACGAAGGCAGCAGCAGCAGCAGCAGUCGAAGUGACUCCAAGAACGGGUUGUCGUUAAAACAUCGCCAGCACCUCAAUACUUCGCUACAGCAGCUCCGGUAUAACGAGAACAAGAUGUCGUUGGACAGAUGCAUAAACCAAACCAUCGAGUUGAUUUACGAGCUACUGGCGGAAAACAAGGAACGGCCGGUUUUCUACCCUACGGAAAUCGAAGAUGACCGCAAGAUAUUGCUCAACAGUGCCAAGGCGCAUUUGGCACUUGUUAGACAAAACAGCAGCAUCAAGCUGUUGAGCAAGCAGAAGAUUAAAGAAGAGACCAUGGAAAAGGACCUUCCCGAAUUCAAAAUCUUGAAAAUCAACAUUCGAGGUAGCCACGGAGAUGAUGAUUUGACGUCAAAUUUGGACAAGAAAUCCAUUGCAAGUUUGUUGGAAAAAAAAUUGCAUCUGCAAAUCAAGUAUCUCUACAACUUGAAAGAACGUGUGGAUGACACCAGCUCAAAGGUGUUUGUCACGGGUGACUUGAAUGCCGGAAAAUCCACGUUUUGCAAUGCGUUGUUGAGAAGAAAAAUAUUGCCCGAGGACCAGCAACCAUGCACUUCUGUCUUUUGCGAAGUCAUUGACGCCCAGUCGGAGAACGGCGGUAUUGAAGAAGUGCAUGCCGUGCCUAUUGAAAAGGAGUACAACAAAAGGGACGAAACGACAUUUGAAAUACAUCCCAUCAAGAAGCUAGAGGACCUUGUAUACGACUGCGACAAGUUUAAACUAUUGAAGGUGUAUGUGCUAGAUAAUCGUUCCUUUCAAGAGAGCCUUCUACAUAAUGGGGUCAUUGACAUCAAGUUGAUUGAUGCUCCCGGUCUCAACAUGGACUCGUUCCUGACGACACAGGUGUUUUCUCGCCAAGAGGAGAUUGAUUUGGUGGUGUUUGUUGUCAGCGCGGAAAACCACUUUACAUUAUCGGCGAAAGAGUUCAUCGCCACCGCGGCAAACGAAAAGCGAUAUGUGUUUAUUGUGGUGAACAAGUUUGACGGCAUCAAGGACAAGGAGAAGUGUAAACGGAGAAUCUUGGACCAGAUCAAAAACUUGUCUCCUGACACUCACAAGAACGCAGAAGAGUUUGUACAUUUUGUGAGCUCAGGGGAGAUUUCCAAGCGCGAUCAUGGUAAUGGUGGAGGUGACGGUGGAGGUGACGAUGGCGGUGACGGUGGAGACGACGGUGAUAACAACAACAAUGGCCGACCGGAGCAUCCGGACUUUGAUCUCCUCGAAGCUUCUUUAAGGAAAUUUGUACUUGAGAAGCGAUCAAUUUCCAAGCUUCUUCCCGCAAAAAGCUACCUUUUAAACUUGUUCCAAGAUUUGCAAACCUUGUCGGAGAUCAACGAAAGAAUCUACAAUGACGAGAAGCGCGAAAAGCAGCAAGAACUCACAAACCAAGUUGCACCUGAGGUGAACAAAAUCGUCUACAAGUCACACAAGAUUGCCGACACCAUAAAUGCCCUCAUUGAAGCCACUUGCACCGCUGUCUACAACCGCAGUGUGGAGGAAAUAUCCACAGUCAUUAACAACUUGGGAGAUAAACCGGUUGUCCAAUACGGCGGGUUGCAAUUCUUGUUUGAAUACGCAAACGAGUCUCAAUUGGCCAUGAUCGAUGUCAUUGGAGAUGCCGUUUUCCAAUGCGAAGAUGCCGCUAGGCAAAUGACCCAGGAUAGAGUCGAGGAGAUUAUCAACGUGGGCAAAAAUAACUUGAAUGAGGGAUUCCUCAGCGACAAAAAGUUCAACCCGGAAUUGAUGUUUACCAGAGCAAAAGAUGAUAUUGGGAAAAACGUUGAAAACACCAUUGACAUCUAUGACUUUUUUGACCCUUCGUUUGAAUCGUUUUUGGUCUUUGUUGGUGUACCUAAACAAUACGUUAGUGCCACAGCUCGCCAAAUCUCCUAUUUCAACCCCGUUUCCGUGAUAACGUCGGCGCCAUCAAAUGCCUUGGAGUUGAAAAACUCACUAACCACGCAAUUGACUUUGAGCACAUUAUACUCGUCGGGUAAAAUCUUGACAACGGGAGCUUUGAUCGGCAAGGCGUAUCAUUGGAGCCAUUACGUGUCAACAAGCAUGAUCAGAAAGAUUGCCGUCCCCGUCUUGAUUGGUGCUUCUGGUCUUGCAAUAUACUACCUCAUCAGUGACAUUCCCAACGCAUUACCAAGAAAACAAGCAAAGAAGAUCAAGAAACAGAUCGAGCAGAUGAAUUACGUGCACAAUAACUCGAAUCGUCUAGCCAGUGAGUGUCGCCAAGUGUUGAAUUUUCCAUCUCGACAGGUGAUGAACAAUUUCCAAACUAGCAUUGACAAGAGGAUCUUGCAGAAGGAGAAGCUCGAGUCGUACAUUAAGGAUGCAGAACUCAGCUCGGGGUUCUUCAAGCAGUUGUUGAAAAAGAUUAACCAUCAACGGAAAGUUUUGAAAGAGAUUGAUUUGGAAAGUGUGAUUUCUGUUGAUUAG